AUAAGUUUGAAUUUCGAGCCGGCCGUGAUAAAAACGGUGUCACGUCGAUUCGGCUCCUUUUGAUUCAGCUCUAAACUAUCUGUGUUUCGCUCCUCCGUGAAGAUGUCCAUAUUUUUACAAAGAGUUGUCGGUUCCACGUCAUCUACAUCUGUUUUCAUCGUCCUGGAAAAAGUGACCCAUUCGUGCGAAGAGAAGAACAGAGAGGAUCGGUUUCGUGCGAAAAAACAAGCUGCCUCGGUAUAAGAAUAAGAACCACACAGCAUGAGCAACAUCAUUCGAUACCGUUCGCGUUCUUUCCCUCAUCGUCCUAUGACAACUACUAACUUUUAUUUCGUAUGUGCGUACUUAGCUUACUCUUGAGAUGAAAGAGGAAGAGCGUCCUCGUGAGUUGACAAUUAUUGAACUCUUUUUCUUGCCUUCUGGUUUUCAGGAACUGUGCUACGAGCAGGCAUCCCCUUUAAAAGAGCGUAGCACCACGGCACCCUCCUGUUCAAACAAUUGCCCCAACCAAAAUCAUAGUCGACCUGAAAUAAUUAUGAAAUAGUAAAAUAAAAAAUGUAAGUAGAAGUACUGCGACAGAGACAUCCAUUCGAAAUCGAAUUUUUGUUCCAACUCCAGCACCUAACCACGAAUCUAUGGCCGCCGUCGCCCGGCUUUCGGAGAAGGUGCUCGGCGUGGGACAGUACCAGCCACCCACCGAGCCCUCUGUGAAUGCGCUGUACACGAAGCAGUCCAACCUGGCCUACGGCACCACCCGGUGCGAGGUGCAGACCGGCGUGUUUCCGUACCCAAGAAGGGAACUGGAGCGCAAGAACUACAACGACCCUGAGCACUUCUCGCAGCACAAACUCGACGUCAGCGAGAACAGCGUGGGCGUGGACUUCCCGGGCGUGAAGCGGGAGCAGUUUUUCAUCCUGAAAAACGCCUCCAACGAAAACGACGAGAACAAUUUACGGAAGUGCUACCGGCUGCCGCCCGCGCCCCUGCCCCGCAAGGACAUCGUGUACGACGACCCGGGGUUCCCCUCCAUCUUCGACGAAAUCGAUUUCACGAACAGCGACCGACCCGCCUCGGUCCCCGACCACAAGCGGUCCGACCGCUUUCGGUUCCGCCGCGAUAUCUUCAACUUCGAGGAGCGCGCGCUCACCGCCACCGGCAUGAUGCGCGCCAAGGAGCUGCGCGCCGCGGAAAAGCACCACGCUGCGACCACGUCGAGCAUCUUGUCGCGGCCGGUAGAGCAGGUUUUGGAGGAAACCAGGUCGGCGCGGGACGCGCGCCUGAAGAACCUAGAAAACCCCGACUUCGUGCGGAACCGCGAGCGGGCGAGGAAGCUCGCGGAAUCCCCGAAAUCCGUGAAGGGCGACCAGGAGUUCGUGGCGCGCACCUACACCCGGAAGGACGGGCAGGAGCCGCUUUUUUUCAGCAAGAAGCACCCGACCGGGAUCCGGUACCUGCCCGAGCCGCCGCCCGCGAUUUCCAGGUACCGCAUUUGCCCGCCGCACCUGAUGGCGCGGUUCGACCAGUACGACGCGAUGUCGAAGGAGAAAAAGGAGGGGGUGUGGCAGAAGCGACAGCAGAAGGACGACGUGUUUGCGCGCACCAUCAUGGGCGCGUCCACCCGGACCGCGAUGGAGCGGCGCCUGCUGCGGAGCCGGGAAAGGGCGAGCGGGGCGCUGAAGGAAAAGAGAAAAACGCGGGUCUACGCCAGUUUGAGCAAAAGUCUAAACGACGCGUAGACGAAGAAGUACUUAAGCCGGGGGACGAGGAGGAGGACUCCGUUGAAAAGAAUUAGGGACUCGAUUUCUGGAGGACCCCCGAAAUUGCGGUACUAAAGAAGGGCAAGAGCGGGGAGCCACUGCGAGACUUCGCACCCUAAUAGGCAAGUAAAAACUCACUGUCAAAUAAGGGAGCGCAGUACUUCCACUUUAGUAAACAGUGCAGCGGCACUUGUAGUCUUACAUUACAUGGUACAUAAUUUUUCCAUCGUUGCACGAGGAUGAGAUGGAUCGCAAAAUUUUUUCGCACAUCACGAAGUCAAUUGGGUGAAAGCCAAU